AUGAGCCUUGUUUCCGGGGCGAGGACUUUGCUGCGGCGCCGGGCGGCGGCGGCGGGAUGGAGGCGGGCCUGUGGGCAGCGGGGUGCAGGAAAUGUGAAACCAUUAGAAGGAAUAAAAGUACUAGAUCUCACAAGAGUGUUAGCAGGACCAUUUGCCACAAUGAUCUUGGGAGAUCUGGGUGCAGAAAUCAUCAAAGUAGAAAGACCAGGAUCUGGUGAUGAAACAAGAGCCUGGGGUCCACCGUUCAUGGGAACAGAAAGUGUCUACUUCCUGAGUGUCAAUCGAAAUAAAAAGAGCAUAGCAGUGAAUCUGAAGAGCUCUCAUGGGGUCCAAAUAAUAAAAGAUUUGGCAUCUGUUUGUGAUGUAUUGAUCGAAAAUUAUGUUCCUGGGAAACUAGCAGAAAUGGGCCUUGGAUACACAGAUAUAGAAGCGAUUGCUCCACAUAUAGUAUACUGUUCAAUUUCAGGUUAUGGACAAACUGGCCCAAUGUCCCAGCGCGCAGGCUAUGAUUCAGUCGCGUGUGCUGUGUCUGGUCUUAUGCACAUAACUGGCCCACAGGAUGGCGAACCUGUUAGGCCUGGAGUAGCCAUGACUGACCUUGCCACAGGUUUAUACAGUCACGGAGCUAUCAUGGCGGGACUGCUGCAGAGAGAGAAGACGGGGAGAGGUUUAUAUAUUGACUGCAACUUGCUUUCAUCCCAGGUUGCUUGCCUAACCCAUGUUGCGGCAAAUUAUCUCACUGGUGGUAGAGAAGCAACGCGAUGGGGGACAGCACAUGAGAGCAUUGUUCCGUACCAGGCUUUUAAGACAAAAGAUGGCUAUCUCGUAGUUGGAGCUGGAAAUGAUCAGCAGUUUGCAAUUGUUUGCAAGAUCUUAUCUUUACCUGCAUUAAGUGAUGAUCAGAGAUACAAGACGAACAAGCUCCGGGUACAGAAUAGAAGAGAACUAAUUAAUGUCCUGUCUGCAAGAUUUUCAGAAAAGACAACAGAAGACUGGUUGCAACUGUUUGAAGGUAGUGGUGUACCAUAUGGUCCAAUAAACAGCAUUCAGAAAGCAUUCUCCGAACCUCAGGUUAUACACAAUGAUCUCAUUUUAGAAAUGGACCAUCCAACUGCAGGGAGCAUAGCUGUUCCAGGUCCUGCGGUUAGAUUCAGUGACUUCAAGAUAUCAAACCCAAAGCCACCGCCUUUAAUUGGACAGCACACUGUUGAAGUAUUGAUGACUCUGCUGGGAUACAGUGAGAGCUUCAUCAAUGAACUGCUCGCAGCUGGAACAGUCACCCAGCAUGAAUUGGACUGAAGGCUAAUCUGCAUCAUAAAAGUAGUUUUGAUCUUUCUGAGAUAACCAUUUUCAUACUUUAAUCACAAUCUUUUAGAAUUGCUUACAACUAAUGAAUCAAGGUAAAUGACACUCCAGAUAGACACUAGCAGAUGCUGGUUUAAACCAAAGGUAGACACAAUAGACAAUGGGCAAUAGACAAUAGGUGCAGGAGUAGGCCAUUCGGCCCUUCGAGCCAGCACCGCCAUUCAAUGUGAUUAUGGCUGAUCAUCC